UUGUUGCACCAAAUGAAAUGUGCGCAUGGUGCUACAAAUUGUUAGAUAAAAGUUAGCCAAGGGUUAGGCACUGUUGGUGACAAAAUUAAAAUAGGUGUGAUAGGCAUAUCCGAUUUCAAAUAUGAUAUUCUUUGUUGCAACUAAGUAGCCUAGUUGCUUACGAGUUGUGCCACAUUCUACUGCCAUAUUCAUAAUCAUAAUUUGGAUAAAAGUGUCUGCAAAGAACCUAAAGAUAUAUAUCCCGGUGGGGACCUAAAGCUGAACGCGCACCAACUCAUGGGGACUCCUGUUACCGUGGGGACGAAUAUUGAGGUCCCCAUGGGCAAAAAAGCUUGUACAUAAAUCGUAAAGAACAACAUUUAAAAAAAAUCUUAAAAUCCAAUAAGUUUUCUAUGAUCUUUAGGUUUAGGGGUUGGGUUAGGGGAUAAAAUAUAAAGUUUGUACAGUAUAAAAACACCUAUGGACUGUCCCUACGGAGAUAAUAAACCAUUUUGUGUUAGUGUAUUGUAAUGUGUAGUUUAGUUAUCAAUUCUAUACUGAUUUAUUUUUCUCUUUAUCAACAGGUUCUCAAAUACAAUUUAUCUACUAAUAAAUAGCAGCUGACUACAAAAGGCACUUUUAAGAGCCACGUUUGUAUUGUCAUUCUCCCUCUUCUCGUUUUUGUAUUGUUCUCUCUCUCUAUCUAUUCCCUCCCAUCCCGUCCUCUCCCCUCUUAGUGGUGUGUUUGUUCUUGUGCACUUUUGCGUGUUCUUGUGCACCAUGUCAGAUCCUAAGAUGAACCAGCUCUUGGAGGAGGUCAACAGUCUUGUCAACCAGGCAGAAGACAUGGAUGAACUCCAAAGGCUGCAUGAGGUCAUCCACAUGCAACAAGAGGCAGCAUCAUCCAUCCAGCCAUCCACCAGCCAGCCAUCUGUGAGGUGGAUUAAGAGGGACAGUGGAGGGAACAUUAUUUAUGGGAGGCCAAGAUUCUCCAGAAAGCGAGCAGCAGGUCUUAGCCUCAGACAAACUGGAAAGACAGGUGGUUCCCCUUUCAGGGCUCCGGAAACCAGUGUGGAAAUGACCAAUGACUUUUCUCACAUAAACGCUGAGUCUUUCCUUCAAGAACUAAAGCGCUCACUGGGUGAAGAUUUAGAUGACAAAGAAACACCACCACAAGCUUCCAGUGAUUGGUCAGUGAGAAAAAGUCUUGUCUCAGGGUGGUGGGCGAAAGUGAGGCCCUGGUUGGUGGACAAAAUGGUGGCUAAGCAGCAUGUGGCAAGUCCAGUCUGCCAGAAAUGUUACUCCAGUCCAGCUAUGAUCCAUUGUUGUGACUGUCGACCACACCCCUUCCUCUGUGCCCGUUGUGACAGCAGCAUCCACAAGGCUCAAGUCUUCCACAACAGGGACUCAAUUAGAGAAGGCUUCUUUCAGCCAUUGCCUCCGACAUCCUGUUUUGUGGAGAAGGUUCUUACCCAGUGCGUGUGUCUUGUACCCUUGGAGAUGCCAGGGAGAAUAUGUAGCUGUCCUCAGAGCUUAAGUGUCAUCACUGGAAAACCCAUUGCUGUGGUUACAAUGAAUGGCCGAUAUGAUCUCAACUUGCCAGAGUUGAAAUGUGAGGUAUGUCAAGCCACAUGGAGUGCUGGAGUGGAUGAGCUGGUCCAUAAUGACUACUGGCCUGCUACUUCUCAAUUUUCAACAGUGUAUGCUACAGACAUCCUAUUUUCCUUUGAGGAGUUGAAGAUGGCAGCACCUGGGAUGUCCAGCCAAGCAUUUCUUAGAAUGCUAGAUCAACGAACUGUCCGCUUUGGCCGUACUGGAAAGGUCAUAGCAGACAGCUUCAGAAAAAGCUUUUUGGAGUGGGAGGCUGUCCGAUUUGAAAUGGACAAAGUCAUCCGGGAAGACCACUUUAACUGCCCAGCAUGCACCCCAAACAUGCUUGCGGUCUCUGUUGAUGGAAACCGUAAGCAUUAUAGAUUCAAGAGUGCAGCAAGAUCAGAGGAACAAGCCAUCUUUAAUGGUGUCUUCAUAGCCAAGGAUGAUGAUGUAGCAAGAUUCGUAGACUAUGUCCAUUCCUCGACCAGCCAUGUCUCUGGAAGAGGUGUCUGUGGGGGACAGUGGUCAGCAGCACGAGAAACAUCACAGAAGUCCUCCAGCAAAGUAGAUGAGGAGGGCCUAGAACUUGCCGUUUGUCGGCAUGGUGUUCUUCUUUGUGCCCUUAAUAUGUUCAGGGGGGAGGUUUUUGCUUACCCUCUGUACCUCCAAAAAAAAAUGGCUUGUAAGCCGGUGAAAUUCUUUGCUAUGGAUGUUGCAUGCAAGUACUGGCCUUACCUCCAGAGAGUGAGUGAGAGAUGCCCUGAGCUUCAGGAUCUGCUCUCAAUGAAGCCAUUUCUGUCAGUGUUUCAUGCCAAAGCCCACGACUUCAAAUGCGAGGUAAAAUGGAGUGGGGCAUACCAGGAGGGGGCUGGUUUGACUCUUGGGGAGGAGGUGGAGCAGUGUAAUGCCUUCCUCUCGAGAAUUGCUGUUACCACAAAGCACAUGGCAAAAGCAGGACGCACAGACAUGCUCACAGUCAUGGCCAUGCUCUGGAAUCAGCAAAAGACUAAUAACUUGGCUUCCACACUUGCCCGCCGAUAUCAAAAGGCCACAAUUGCCCUGCAAAGACAAUUGCAUAACAUGGAAGCCAUGAAAACUGAAAUGGCAGUCACAGAUGAUCAGCUGGAGGGUUGGUCAAUGAUGUUCAUGCGGUCUUGCCUCGCCUCGCCUCGCCUCGCUUUUGUCCCUGAACCCUUGAACGUGUAA